AUGGAGCAAAACCAGCAUGGUCAACUAGGAAGAGGAAUUGGUUCUGCUCCUGCACAAGAAGCACAUAACAAGAACCAAUAUCAGUCCAAACCUACCAAUCCUCCUAUUCAGACUGCUGGUCCUUCUGUUCCUUCACCCUACCCAGGAGAGAAUCACCAUGCUCUCCGAAGCAUGGACCGACAACAGCAACAACAGGAUCAGUUGGAGGAAAAAGUGAAGAGCUUUUGGGCACAACAACUGAAGGAAAUUGAGGAGAGCACUGAUUUAAGGAAUCAACACAGGAUACCUCUGUCGAGGGUUAAGAAGAUCAUGAAGAGUGAUGCAGAUGUGAAGUUGGUUUCAGCUGAGGCUCCUGUGGUGUUUGCCAAGGCCUGUGAACUGUUCAUAAUGGAGCUCACAAUGAAAGCUUGGGCUAACGCCGAGGACAACAAUAGGAGUACAAUCAAGAAGUCUGACGUUGCAUCUGCAAUUGCCAGGACUGAUGUGUUUGAUUUUCUUGAGGAUAUUGCCCCCAUUCCUAGGGUUCACAAAAACACAAUGAUGCAUCCAUUGCUUCCAGGCAAUGCUCCAACACCAACUGAGAAUGUUCCUCAUAUGCCACCUCCUCAACAUGUUGCAAGCCCACCACCACCUUAUGUUGCUGCUGAAAUUCCUCAUGCGCUGCAAAUCUAUCCUCUCGUUCCAAGUUCAACUGUCCCCCCCAAUCAGCAAAACCCUUCUCCUACUUCAGAUGAUUAA